AUGCCAAAAACCAGAAAAGCAAGCCUCGAAUUUACCUCGCAAAGUUUGUCGGACACGUCUUCAAAGAACUUUGGCACAAGGCUUCAAACCGCAAACGCCAGAAAUUCUCGUCUUAACAAAGAAGUUUCCCCAUAUUUCCCUACGGAAGGUGAGGUGGACGAAAGUAUUGCAAGACAGACGUUGACGGAGGCGGCCGUAAUAAAUUCGUCGUCCAAGAAAACCGUAAAAACGAAUGUUUCAAUCACUCAAAAAUCCACGAAACCACCAACUAACUGGGAAGAGGUGUAUCAGAGUAUUAAAGAAUAUCGAAAAACCUUGGUCGCACCUGUGGACGUGAUGGGUUGUGAAAGACUAGCAGAGGAACCUAGUAAAGAGAUCACACCUCAGACAUCCAGAUUUCAGUCACUAGUAGCGUUGAUGCUCUCUUCGCAAACCAAGGAUCAAGUUACUGCCGCAGCCAUUCAUGAGCUUCGCCAAAAACUUUCAGGAGGUUUAAACCUGAAGAGUGUAUUGCAGGCGGACGAAGAAUAUUUGGAUCAAUGCAUCUCGAAGGUCGGAUUUCAUCGUAAAAAGGCAAAAUAUAUGAAACAAGUGGCAGAAAUUUGUCAAGAUAAGUACAGCGGGGAUAUUCCCAAUACCGUGGAAGAAUUAAUGAAGUUACCGGGAGUCGGUCCUAAAAUGGCCUAUCUGUGCAUGAAUUCAGCAUGGAAACAGAAUGAAGGUAUUGGAGUGGACGUCCACGUGCACAGGAUCACCAACCGAUUAGGAUGGUGUAAAACAGAGAAGGCCGGUCCAGAGGGAACGCGACAGGCAUUAGAAUCGUGGUUGCCACGUAAUCUUUGGCAGGAAAUAAACCCGAUGCUUGUCGGAUUCGGACAAACUACGUGUCUUCCCCGGAUGCCCAAAUGCACCGAAUGCCCAGUGAAAGACAAAUGUCCUUCUAGUGGGAAAAAGUCAUGA